GGAUGGCUGGGUUGCAAGGGCUGAGGGGAGUGAUAAAGAAGAUUGGUCGGCAAGACAACCUCCAGAUGAACAUUUGGGACCUUGAUCACAUGAACAAGAUAGUGCCGCCAUUCCUCUUCAAUAUGCACAGUCACAGUGUCGCCCAGUCAAGAGAGUCUGGUGAGAUCCAGCCUGUUGUGGAGGAGGGAGACAGUCUGGGAGGGUACUCUCAGGAUAGUCUCACUGAGCUCAUCACUUUUGCCGGACUCUCUCACAUCGACAGUGUCCUCAAGCCAAUACUGCAACACUUUGACCUAAACAAACUAUGGAUAUCGGACAAGGAAUUCACAGCUGGUGUGUACGUCAUCGUUGUGGAAGCCAUGCAGCCCCCCAGGAGACAGGAUCGGUACAAGGCCGUCCAGUCGCUGGUGGACCACCUGGAUGCCAAGGUGAAGGAGUCCUGGGAGACCAAACAAGGGAUCCUCGGCACACUCUCUAAGUGUGUUGCCGUGGCAGCAGACAGCUCUCUUGGUCCGUCUGUACUGGAUAUAUUCCGUACACUGGUCCGCCACCUCCGUAUCUCCAUAGAAACUGUUUCAGAAGGCCCCUCCGACCUCACGUCCUCUCUGACCUUUCAGCAAUCCAUCACUAUCACUGUGGGGGAGUUUGCAGGAGUCCUUCCUGACUAUCACAAGCCAGAUAUACUGGGGCUCAUCAACUCUUAUGUACCCGUGGCCUCAGGGGGUCUUGAUAGCGGAGCCACCACUGGACUGUCUGUACAUCCUCUGGCACCUCAGGACACUCAAAACAGGUGAGAAUGAUAUUAUAAAGCUCUUGCUUCAUUUAGCUAUUUGUGUACAUGUAUGUGUUUAGUUUCCUGUCAUAAACACUGUUUGUACAUGUACGUGUUCUCUGAUUCUGGUGCCUUCGUGAAUCCUGUUUAUAGCAGUAACCUUUGAGUAGACUGCAUUAUAGAGGAUGAUCUGCUUAUAAUUAUGUGACCAUGCACAAUAGACUGCGUGCAUUACUAAGUGUUUAAGCUUCCCUCUUCCCUUUAUUAUGCAGCCCCAUGUUGACUACCUCCCUGGUCAAGUGUUUGAGGGCGGUGGCUGACACCUGUCACGCAUCAGUGCUGGAGACGGCGUUCCCAGGGCAACUGUUCGCCUCCCUCGUUCAAUUGCUCCUCAUACGAGAGCCCAGCACACAGCUGGAUGUGGCCCUACUCUGGCAUCGUCUCGUAGAUCACCAUGCCAACAAGGACAAGAUUCCUCUCAACACGUUCGUGGAUGUGUGUGUGUGUGUGUGUGUGUGUGUGUGUGUGUGUGUGUGUGUGUGUGUGCACCU